CAGCCCAUUCCAGUGCCUGGCAGCUCUCUCAGAGAAGAAGUAUUUCCUAACAUCCAUCCUGAAUCUUCCCUGACACAACUUAAGGCCUUUCCCUCUGGUCCUGUCACUAGUUACAUGGGAGAACAGGCCAAUUCCCACCUCACCACAUGUAACAAUGGUAACAAAUGGUUAACAAACAAAGAUAUUCUCUGGAAUGCCUUAUAAGUAAUUGCUUGGUAACCAGUUACAUCAAAAUUCAGUGCUAAUUCAUGAUUUUACAAACUUGUGCAGGAUCUUCCCAAUAAUAUGAUUCAUCAAGUAGCUAUCAAGUCUCUCCCUCAAGAGUGGCUUUGGUGUGAAACUUGGUGUGAUGAUGAAUCCAAGAAAAAGGCUAAAACAAUAGACUUGUGCAACAAUCCCCAAACCAAAGAACCAAAAUUAGAGGCUGCCGCUCGAAUAGUUCCUGAAUGGGUUGACUAUGACACUGAGAUUCGAAAGUUAAUACAGCAGAUUGAGAAGGAGAAGAAAAGUAAAAAAUCAUCUUCUAAAAAAGGUUUUAAGCACGAUGAACUUUAGCACUGCCUGUAAAAAGUGAUGGUGACAGCAUAUUGUCUUCUGCAAAGAUGGAGUGGGAGCCAUGGAAGUUGCCUUGUCACUAUUUGUAACAUUCUUUAAUGUAAAGUGAAAUAUUUUGUAACUUAUGGUGUUAUUUAAAGAGUUCUACAUAAGAAACAGAAAGCAGAUGGGAGAAAUCCACAGGUACU